AUGAAACUCAAGAUCAUUGUCAAUGGCUCACAGUCUCCAGAAGACUUCAAACUGCUAAAAUCAACGGUCGCGACUGUCGCAUCCCUGCGAAAAACAGCGGUUCUACGUUUCACCAGCGAGAGGCUUGUUAUAGUAUCCAGCCCGAGCUCCACAGCAUCUGGUUCUUCGGUUUUACAUGGUGACAAAGGCCAGUUAUGGUGCACAAUCCCUAGAGAUGCCUUUACGUUUUAUAGCGUGGUAAGCGCGAGGGAUCUUAACACAAUCGCUAUGGAGUGCAGCUGCGAUAUGUUGCAUAGCAUCUUGAAGAAAUAUGACAAAACGAUAAACCAGGGGAACGAAGGCGACAUGAUCAUAAAGCUCCAAAGUAUGCCGGAAUGGAACGCCAACACGUCUCAGGCGUCUGACGGCAAAAAUGGCAGCGCGGCUAGAAUCAACCCGAUGUGCGCAUUGGGCGUGACAUUUGAAGAGGUAGUUUAUACAAGCACUGACGCUAACGCUAGUGCAAAAUCUGGUGGCGGCAAUUCCGGAGGUAUUAAGACGAUUUCUCAUUCCUUUAAAGUCCCUGCGCGCCUACUGUUCCGUACUCAGGAUGCCAAGAUACAAGAGCCUAUGAUAAACUAUACCCAGCUGAUGAUGUAUCGGUUACCAGCACCGCAGGGCGAAUGGGGGCGCGGCUUCCAAAAUUUCCUGCGACGCGUCGAGCGGUACUCCAAUGUAAAUAACAUAAAGCUCAGCGCCAAGAAGUUCUGGCAGCAGGAGGAACGAACGGCUUCUCAGGAGACCGCCGGUGAUCAUGCAUUUAAGAUUGUUGUCAACGAGCUGGACUGGUACCUAGAGAUCUGCUGGAAUGGACCUCUAGACGCAAUGGUGCAACCGGAAAAUAUUCAAGAAGAUGUACAAGAUUCAAGGGCGCCUGCUGGGGCUGAUCCUACACAUGCUGCAGACCAGAGCCUUUUUAUUGAAGAUAGCGCUUCCAAUACCAAUGACCCGCUCGAUCUCCCUAUUGAAAACACACCAGAGGCACCGCAAGACGUACAGCCCUCAAAACAUGAGGUCAUUAUACGAUGUAAGGACUGGAAAGUGUGUUCUAAGCUGUACGAUGCAUUCGAAGAAGUGGUACUUGCAAUAUCGCACGACGAGUCGUGUGUGUUCCACUGCACGCUCCCUAGAGGAAACGUCGAGGACGAGAAUGGGGAAAGGGCCAGGGAGUAUGGCCAGGUCAUAUACUACAUGGCUAGGGCGAAGAAAAUUUGA